AUGAAUGUUGAUAUAGCAUUUGAUGGAAAUGAGUAUACAUACAGUGGAUAUUCUAAGAAUUCUCUUAUAGAAGAUAAAAAUUAUACCUUAGACUACGAUAAAUAUGUGCAUUUUGCUUUUUUUGUAUGCUAUUAUGUUUCCCAUAUAAAAAAAGAAAAAUGCUCAGACACAGAACUUUUAACUUGGUAUUUGAAAACGUUUAAGCACGUUGUUAUUAACUCCACAAAAAAGGUAAAAAGAACAUAUUUUAAUCUAAUAAAUAAUUUGAUUCAAGAUAAAUGCGUUAAGGUUACUCUGGAAAAUAAUAAAAGAUACCUAACACAUAAUGACCAUUUUAUUUUAUGGGCAUGGAAAAGAAAAGCUUUAAUUUAUGACAAGGAGCAACUGGAUAAAUAUUAA